AUGUUCCAAGAUUUACAAUUAUUCGAUGAUUUGCCAAACAAUAACGAUAACGAUAAAGAUUAUAGUUAUCAUAUGCUAGACUUUACCUUCCUAAGAAGUUUACCGUCCAUCUCAGAGCAUAAACGAUAUCGCGAUAAAAAGAAAAAAGAAAUCAGUGAUUUACAAGAAUCAAUGAAACAACGUGUCCAAGAAACAAUAAAUCAACUGGAACUGAAACAACAACACGGGAUUACUAAACGAUAUCGCAAUAAAAAGAACAAAGAAUUCAGUGAUUUACAAGAAAACAAACAGCAAUCCAUUAUGAAAAUACAGAACUUGGAAGAAGAAAAAAAGUCACUUGAGGAAAAAAUUCGGCUAUUAAGUACCCAAAACACUUCUCUUCGUGAUAGAAUACAGGAAUUGGAAAAGGACUCCCCUAAUUCGUUAUAUAAUAACUCACCUUAUAAUACUAAUCUUAACGUUACUACAUGUAUUAGUGGAAACGUAUCUCUUGCGUUAGACCAAAAUCAAAAUAUAUAUUUUAUAACCCCACUACUUUCUAUUUCUUCGCCGAAUCAAGAGAAUUCAGCUUAUAAUACUAGUAAUGGAAAUACACUUAUUUCGCUCGAUCAAAAUCUAAAUAAUUCAAAUAAUUCAUUCUCUUAUAUUUCUUCACCGAAUCAAGAGAUUAAUCAGAUUAAUACUUCGUCGUCUAAUCAAGAGAUACCUUAUUACACACCUAUUUUGCUUGAUCAAGAUCAAAAUGAUUAA